UUCCUCGAUCUGCAGAUGUUUAUAGUUGUCGUGCAUGCAUUUGCUGUCUCUCUGUCCACUGCAUCUGUAAUAUAUAAAUUCCGCCUCCUGGCCAUACUUAUUAAUAGUAUGUUACACAGUAUUGGGUACCUACAACCCAACCCACUAGCAAGCCAAGUGCCAGCAGGUCAGACGGUACCAGUCAGUGGCAUUCGCGGUUUGCUGUCAACAAAUAAGUAUAUUUUAUCGACGGGACUUUCAAUUCUUUUUGACUUCGAAUCUCCUCCAGAGUUGAUUUUGGUAUUUUCGUGAGUGUGCGUGUGUGGAGUAUAGAACAGCGUUAGGUGUUAUUAAAAAAGCUGCAGCAGAUUCGUCGUCGUAGCUGUCACGUCAUGGAGAGCAUAUUUCACGAAAAGCAAGAAGGCUACCUCUGUGCCCAGCACUGCCUCAAUGCUUUGCUCCAGGGGCAGUAUUUCAAUGCAGUUGAUCUGGCCAAUCUUGCUGAACAGCUAGACAUAGAGGAGAGACGUGCUAUGGCUGAGAGUGGAGAGGACACAGAUGAUUACAAACGAUUUAUAGAGCAACCAUCAGGUAAUAUGGACGAUAGUGGAUAUUUUUCAGUACAAGUCAUCAGCAGUGCUUUGAAGGUUUGGAACUUAGAAUUAAUACCUUACACCAGCACCGAGCCAGCAGCAUUGAUAGCACAAAACGAUCCAUCAGAGAUGAAAGCUUAUAUUUGUAAUUACAAGGGUCAUUGGUUCACAAUAAGAAAACUUGGAAAACAGUGGUUCAAUUUAAACUCUACGCUCAGUGGCCCACACCUCAUAUCCGAUACAUAUCUUGCAUUGUUUUUAACACAGCUCAUUCAGGAAGGAUACUCAAUUUUCAUCGUAAUAGGUAAUUUUCCCCCUUGUGAAGCUGAUGAGAUUCUCUUGAAGAAUCCUGUAGAGCAAACAAGACAAAAACCAGUGACUGAACAAUCAAAGUUCCCUUCGAAGGGUUACAGACUAGGCACCAAGGCAGAGGACGAAGUGAAAAUUUUAGAAGCGGCGAAAGCUAUGGAGAGCGUCAAGGUUCCUACAACUUCGCGAAUCAACAGACAGUCAGAAGUAGAAAUAAUUUCCGAGAUACGAAGACAACCGCGAGAAAGAAUAAUUCCUAUCCAGAUCGAAGGCCGCGAAGAAGUUCACACGAUCGAGGAUGAUGACGAAGAAAACGCUCAGCUACAGAGGGCUCUUGCAUUGAGCUUGGAAAAUUACGAGGCAGAACAGCAAAAAAAAGAUCAGCUGAGGUUGGACGAUUCCUUGGCUUCUACGAGCAACUGUUCAGCUGCGCCAACAGCAUCAGUAGCAAUAGGAGAAGACGAUGAAGACGAUGAUCUGAGAAAAGCCCUUCAGUUAAGCUUAGAAUGUGUCACAGCACCGCAAACACCAGACCAAGAAGACCUACGUUGGCAUCGGCUGGCUUACUUGGGUUUGCACUCCAGGGGCCAGCAAACAGAGAGCUCAACCAAGCUAAAUACUUAACAAAUGGCUCUGUUUGUGAUUUUGUUACUAAAUGAUUAUCUUGUUACUUGUUUUUGAGCUUAAUCUCAAUUGUACUGUAACUGUGACUAACAUUCGGGUUAUUUGCAAAUGUUUGAAUGAUCGUUCAGGCGCCAAAAUAACAUGUCUAUAACUAUUAUUGUAAAAUUUUACUUGAUAAACAAAAAUCUAUUUCGUGAUUAGUUUGUUAAUGAAAUAUCACGUUUGUUGUUUAAAUAACCCAAAAUGAGUAGCUAUUUGUGCGGAUUUUCACCUCAUUUUUAUUAGAAAUGUUUAGUUUUCGUGUGAUGAUUAUACUUAAUAGAUGCAUCAAUUUUUUUACCUCAAAAUACUCUAUUAAUAUUUGUACUUGAAGAAAUUAGUAAAACUGUCCAAAGUAUUUUUUAAGUUACGAAAUAAUAAAUUUCAUUUUUACUGAUAAA